UGACACUAAUUCAGGAUUGAUAUGAAAAGUUUUGGAGGUUCCGAAUGUAUUAACCCUAAAAAGAAAAGCAAAUGAUCUCUCUCACGUGAACCGCGGGCGCGUGAAAUGCGUUCUUCCAGCUUCUAGGGCUUUCCUGGGACUAAAAACCCACUCAAGCACUUGCUACAUACUUCGGUAUCCCCUCUUCUUCCAAGCCAACAAGCGUAAAGGUUGAAUCUUUUCCCCCAUUUCUCCACUCCUAAAGUCAGGGUUUCGAGCAAAAAUAGAACCAAAAUGGGGUUCUCAAUGCAGCCUUAUGGCAUACAAUCCAUGCUGAAGGAAGGUCACAAGCAUCUCUCAGGUCUCGACGAAGCUGUUCUCAAAAACAUUGAUGCUUGCAAGCAACUCUCCACCAUCACCCGCACUUCCCUCGGCCCCGAAGGCAUGAAUAAGAUGGUAAUUAAUCAUUUAGACAAGCUCUUUGUUACCAAUGAUGCUGCUACUAUUGUCAAUGAGCUCGAGGUUCAACAUCCUGCGGCCAAGAUUUUAGUUCUAGCUGGUAAGGCUCAGCAAGAGGAGAUCGGAGAUGGCGCUAACUUGACGAUUUCUUUUGCCGGUGAGCUUCUCCAAAAUGCAGAGGAGCUUAUUAGGAUGGGCUUGCACCCCAGUGAGAUCAUUAGUGGAUAUACUAAAUCCAUUAGCAAGGCAAUUGAGGUGUUGGGGGAACUUGUGGAGAAAGGUUCUGAAACUAUGGAUGUUAGGAAUAAAGAGCAAGUUGUUACUCGAAUGAAAGCUGCUGUUGCUAGUAAACAACAUGGACAGGAAGACAUAUUAUGUUCCCUUAUAGCUGAUGCAUGCAUCCAAGUCUGCCCCAAGAACCCUGCAAAUUUUGAUGUUGAUAAUGUCCGUGUGUCAAAGCUUGUUGGAGGGGGUUUGCAUAAUUGUACAAUUGUUAGAGGGAUGGUUUUAAAAGGUGAUGCUGUGGGAAGUAUAAAGCGUAUGGAGAAGGCAAAGGUGGCUGUGUUUGCCAGUGGCGUUGAUUCAUCUGCCACUGAAACAAAAGGAACUGUAUUGAUUCACUCAGCUGAGCAGCUAGAGAAUUAUUCUAAAACUGAAGAAGCUAAGGUUGAGGAACUCAUCAAAGCAGUUGCUGAUUCUGGUGCCAAAGUUAUUGUCAGUGGAGGAGCUGUUGGUGAAAUGGCAUUACAUUUCUGUGAACGUUACAAGUUAAUGGUCUUGAAAAUCAGCUCAAAAUUUGAACUGAGGCGUUUUUGCCGCACUACGGGAACUUCUGCUCUUUUAAAACUCAGCCAACCAAAGCCGGAUGAUUUGGGAUUUGUUGAUUCAAUUUCAGUCGAGGAAAUUGGUGGUUCUCGGGUCACUGUUGUGAGAAGUGAAGAAGGUGGUAACAAGAUUGCCACUGUGGUUUUACGAGGAAGUACUGAUAGUAUAUUGGAUGAUCUUGAAAGAGCUGUUGAUGAUGGAGUGAACACAUAUAAGGCAAUGUGCAGGGACAGUCGAAUGGUACCUGGAGCUGCAGCUACUGAAAUUGAGUUGGCUAGAAGAUUGAAAGAGUUCUCCUUCAAGGAAACAGGAUUGGAUCAGUAUGCCAUUGCCAAGUUUGCUGAAAGUUUUGAAAUGGUUCCAAGAACCCUAGCAGAGAAUGCUGGUCUCAAUCCAAUGGAUAUCAUAUCUAAGCUGUAUGAAAAACAUGCAUCCGGAAAUACCAAAGUGGGUAUUGACUUGGGGGGAGGUGACUCCGAGGAUGGUGUUUGCAAAGAUGUGUCAAUCCUGAAUAUCUGGGAUCUUUAUGUCACCAAGUUUUUCGCUCUCAAAUAUGCUGCUGAUGCUGCCUGCACUGUUCUACGGGUUGAUCAGAUUAUAAUGGCAAAACCAGCUGGAGGUCCUGGAAGGAGAGAGCAGCCUGCAGGGAUGGAUGAGGACUAAGUCUUCUGAUCUGCAACAUUAUAUGCUAUUCCUUUUCUCUUUUUUCUCAUCAGGGCUGGUUCGGACUUUGUUAGGCAUCUUCGGAGAUGCUAAAAACACUUUGAAACAAAGUUUUGCUUUUGUUUUGAAAAUUGUUAUGGUUCUGUGUUUUUUGUUUUUUGCUAAUCAAUUCUGUAAUUUUUCCAUCAGUAAAUGUGAUGAAUGUUGUUUCCUUUGACAA